AUGAAUCUGAGGUGGAUACUGAAAGCUACUUUUCUUGUGCUCGUCUCGACUUCUGCGCCGAUUGAAGCACAAGAAGAAUCGACAAUUCCGUCGACUGAAGCACCGGAACAGUGUCGACGAGUUCGAAAAGACUGGGAUGUUCUAACACCGACUGAGAAGAACACGUAUAAGAGAGCAAUCGCCGCUGCAAUGGACUCUGGUGCCUACAUCAAGUUCGUUGAGAUUCACACUGAGAUGCAGGUGGAAAUGGAGGCACACCGUACUUGCAUGUUUUGCUACUGGCAUCGCUUGCUGCUCGUCGUCUUUGAGAACAUGCUGCGUGCGCAGGGACCGGAGUUUGCUUGUGUGACAUUACCUUACGUCAACUUUGUGGGAGCCCACGACCGUGUACUUGCGGGUACUUGUUCUUCUCUUGGAGACUGCUUGCCAAUCUUGAGGGAGCUUGGAGGUUACACGACCGGAUCACAGCAAACUGUCAACAUCAAUGGGCAAGAAGUCUCAGGACGCUGCGCGACUGAAUCACCUUUGGAUCAUUUCUGUCAGUCCGGAGACGUUUCUGGUGAGGACUGCGUUCGCUGUGUUCCUCGAUCAAACUGGGGAGUUGCAGAGGUUCCAGCUUCCGCAAGCUUUGCAUCACUCCGUGAACAAAUUUUCAGUGGCCAAAACAUUGGACAAAUGUCACCACUCAUUGAGCAGGGAUGCCACAAUAACAUUCAUGCAAAUUUAGAAGGUGUUAUGAACACGUUUGCUGCUCCAGCAGACCCUAUCUUCUGGUCUCUUCACACCAUGAUAGAUCUUUUUCACGUCAUCUUUCACAAGUGUCGUGUAGGAACUGAGAUUCUCACAUUCGAUCAGAAGGCAGCCCACCCCAUUGCUUGGACUUCGUGCCCUAAGCGGAAUGGAGGUGUAUUCCAACCGACUGACAGGAUUGUUAUGCGCACCGGCGUUGCAGGUAGGAACAAGAUCAAUGCAACUGAUGACCCCGUCAUCGGUAGAUAUUUUGAAGGCGUUCCCGAUCAGUAUGCUGGACUUAUGGAUGCACGUGAUCUGGGCAGCGGGAAUAGCUACUCGUAUGAAAUCAGGGGUCAUAUAUCAGAGCUGUACGUCAACUGCGAUAGACCGACGCCUGCGACACCAAUACCUGAUGGUGAUAGACGCAAGCUCGUAGCGAAGACUGACAAAAACAUUGUCGAGAUGGUAACGCAAGAAACGAAGUGCGAUGAAGAGAAGCAAGUGUCUGCUUGGUAUGACAAGACAAUGGAUUACUUGGGUGGUCAGACUCCUGAGGCCAUGGCUGAUCUGGAACGUCAAGUUUGCAUGUACGAGGAGGAAUGUCAGGGUGGUACCCACGAAUACUCUGCUGAGUUUCAAGCUACAUGGGGGUCAAAGCAGCCACGUUGCUUGACUAUUGUCAAGGCUAUCAAGAGAGGAAAAAUGGAAAUGAUGCACGCAAAUUGGCGGCAGGACAUGGAAAUCUAUUUUGGCUGUCCGAAGCCUGCAAACGCGACUCGUUCUCGUUGUUCCGCGAAAAAGCAUUGA